CGCCAUUAAACAUCAUCAGAAGAAGACAAUAGUUGCGGGAAAACUGAAGCGGAUGUUUUCUCCUCCACACUGUAGCAAAACAAGUGAUAGAAAUCACCAUGACAACUCCAAAGGCAGCAGAUGUAAAAAAGGGGAUUUCUGUCCUUUGGGAGACUCUUCAAUGUCCCAUAUGCUUGGAUUUAAUGACUCAACCUGUAUCAACCAAGUGUGACCAUCAGUUUUGCAAAUUUUGUAUGAUGAAACUUUUGGACAAUAAAAAACAAAAUCAGGCAAGCUGUCCAGUGUGUAAAGCCAAGAUAACCAAAAGGAGCUUACAGGAGAGUCCUGGAUUUCAGAGACUUGUUGGUGGAUUGCAGGACAUGAUACAGGCGUAUGAACAUGACACUGGCACAAACUACUUUACUGGGAUGUCCCAGCAAACAGAACAACCAGGGGUCAAAUAUGUUGAAGCUACUAAAUACAGUCAAGAUAUGUCAUCUGAAGAAACAACAGGAACUGACCUGGAAAAUGUGGAAAACAAUGAUGAUGUUCCAAAGUCUCCCUCCUCAACAAUAGCAGCUCAGAAUGAUUUUGCUAGACUAAUGGGUCUUCAAGACUCGAGUCCUUUUACGACAGAAAACGAAGGCCUGGACAGUGGCCUUGGUGGAGCUCCACCAACUUCUGACGAGAAAAUUACAGGUGACUUCGAACCAGCUCUAACAGAAAUAGCGAACGAUGUGGAAAAUAUAAAAUCAACACACAAAACAAAAGGUAAAAUAAGAGUUCCUGAAUCAGAAAAAGCCACUUCCAGAAUUCCAGAGCAGACUCAACAACAACCUUUAAGAAAGUCCUUAAGGAGGAAGAAGAAGAAAACGGAUGAGGAGCCUGAAAAGAUUAUUGAUGACAAACAAAAGAAAAGUCUGGAGAAAGUGGCCGAGUGGCUCAUGAAAGUUCCAGCUGAAGGAAGUAUUGAAUUUGAACAGCCACACCAAGACGCAGAUGACUCAGACAGCUGCUCUUCCACUUCAACAAUCGAUGUCAAGCAACAUUAUAGUGAUGUGUAUGCUAGGAGAGAGGAUCGUGCUAAAUCUCUUGAGGAGCAGGUGUUUGGGACCGUGUACAAACGAGGGAACAGAUUUAGCUCUCCUUUGUGCAAUGUUUUCGCAGAACCACCAAAAACUGAAGACAGUGAGCUAACCAGAAAAGUUUCCAGAAGAGGGAAGAAAAAGACUGAAAUCUAUGCUGAUUGUGAUAAAAAAACAAGCUCAGAAAAAACAACUGAAAGCAAUACUGAGGAAGAGCAACAAAUGACAGAGGAAGUAAAGGACACAAGCAGUAACUUUUUUGAAAACUCAGACUUUAUUGAAGUCAAACAGGGAAAAAAUGAUGUGAAUAAAAAUGAGGAAAAGUUGGACAAUUUGCCAGAAAGUGACAAAUAUUGUAGUGUAAAUGAGGUUUCCUGCCUUGUGCCUAAAACCAGACAGGAAAGAAAUUUAAAGAAAAAGACUACUAACCCUGUAGAGCAGGUCGACAGUGAUUUACAAGAAGGAGAUAAGCAGGAAGUCCCGGAGCAAAAGAAAACUGGUAAGAGGAAAAAAGAUGGGAGGCUUACUAGAGUGUCAAAACCACUUGAUCUGGUUGGAGUCCAAAAUGGAGAAACCAGUCCCAUGGCUAGGCCAAGGGCAGAGGAUGUUCAAGUUCAUAUUGAGAACUAUCCAAGCAGCGAAGACCAAGAAGUUCCUCUCACAAGGAGUACAAGAAAAAGUAGAAGACUUCAAGUGUUCGUUGAGGAAGUCCAGGAAGGCCACAAGAGAGCAAACCUGAAAGCCAUAGUUCCCCAAAAACAGAGCAAUGUAGAAUCUGAUGGAGCUUCAGUCGAAACAUUGGAUGAUAAGUUAUCACCUAAGAAUGGUAACAUAACAAAGGUGGCUGAAAUAAAUGGAUGUAUUUACGAUCAAGAUUUAGGUGGCAUAGAAAACAUGGAGACUGAUGGUGGGACUUCCAAUUUGAGAUCAACAGAAGAAUUACCAAACACUGGAACCUUGUCCCAAUCCAGUGCUGCUUGUUGUGUCCAUGUGGUCCCAACAUCUACAAGUCCAGCUGAAGCAUCUGUGGUCGGUCCGACACCUGAAAUAGACAAUCCAACACCUCAUUUUCCAAACACUGUUCAGGUGGAGUCCUCAGCUAACGAGUCUAAAUGUGCUGAAAUGGAAUAUGAAGAUGACAAGAACGACAGCGAACUGGACACAGAGCAACUUCUCAGAAGCUUCAAAGCCACUAAGAGGAAGUCUUUUCAUCUCGGCGGCCCAAAUGUGAAAAGAAGCCGUAGUUUAAAUCAGGGAACUCUUGUAGGAGCUCAAACAGAGGAGAGCAAGCAAAAUUGUGCUGGAGUAGAAUCUGAAAGAAAUGUAAGCCAUGCCAAGAAGUCAGAAAACACCAAACCAGAGACAUUAAGAGGCAAUGAAAACUUGUCUUUUGGCGAUUUGAUUCCCCCUUCUUACUCACCUGGUCACACAAGAAAAACAGAUCAAGCGGCGCUUCAAGCCUCAAUCCCUGAUAGUAUGUGUUCAGGACAACAACAUGUCUCCGUUAGUAGUGACCUUACUCCUAAUAAAGUGUCCAAACAUGAAAUAGAAGGUUCGAUUCUUGCUGUUGUGCCCCCUGUCGUGGAUUCUGGGCUCUGCUUCGCGGGGAUUGAACAUGAGAAGCUCAACGAAGCCUCAAAGAAAUCUCAAAUCCCUGAGAAUCAGAUCGAAUGUACCACAGGGAACAUCGGAGAAGUUGUUGAGAUAAAAAACAAGGAUUCAGAUGCUGGAAGGGAAGAAUCAAACAAUAGCGCGGAUCAUUUUUUAAAUGCGCAAUCAUCUUUAACUCCUGACAGUCUUGGACUACCGGUUGCUCAGACUGACCCCGAUACAAAGAACAGUUUAAAUGGAAGUGGACAAUUCAGCGACCAUCCUUCCAACAAGAGCAGGAAGAGGAGAAGGGCCCAGAGGCUUAACUCUUCAUCCGAGUCAGACUGCAGUGAAGAGGAAUUGCCAACGUUGAAAGAUAUCUUAGGAACAUCAGCUCCCCCCUGUGCUCUGACUAAGGCCUCAAAUGAAGCUAGCAAACUGGAGGAUGUUCCAGCUGAAGAAGAACAACAGCUGAGCCAUCCACCUGCCUGCGUCAGCCCUGAUCAUGUUAAUUCCAGUCAAGGAUCGGAGGACUUAUUUGGGACCCCAGAAGAAUGUGAUGUUCCGGUAAAUGACCACAUUGUUUCUGUGGAAUCGUCACAAUUUUCGAGCGAAGUUCUUGUGACACAGCAAAAGAUCGAGAUGCAGAAGGAGCUGGUGCGGUUGGAGAAGUUGAUGGCUCUGGUGUCAGAGGUGCUUCAGGAGAAAGAGGGCAGUCCUGUAAAAGAAGAUCAUCAGAGCAGCCAAACCACAGGUCCUAACGCACACAGACCCCUCCCAUCUGACCAGAACACAGACCAAGGUUCAGACCAGAAAAGUCAUCUUGAAGCAGAACCAGAGCCCACAACAAGAUCAUCUGGUGACAAAGUUGUGAUCAAGCCCGAAGUGUCAGAGCACAGCAGCACUGUAGAGACUGCAGUGCAGCCCUCCACACACACACUGCCGAGUGUUAAAGGCACUGGAGCUUCCAACACUCCUAUUACAAGUUCAGCGACCAAAACAUUAAAGAACAACGUGUCUCCGUCAGAAGACAAAGAGAACAGCACUCCUCCGAGAGAAAGGAGUAAAGCCGCGAUGGUUCUGGUGUCGUCUGGGUUGAGCUCCAACGAGCAGAUAAUGGUGAAAAAGUUUGCCAAGAGAGUUGGUGCCCUCGUGGUUUCCCAGGUAACACCAGAGGUGACUCACAUCGUCAUGCACACAGACGAACAACUGGUUUGCGAGCGCACACUGAAGUACUUCCUCGGCAUCGCAGGCAGGAAGUGGGUUGUGAGCUUCCAGUGGAUUUCAGAGUGCUUCAAGCAAAAGAAACUCUUAGACGAGAGCGUCUAUGAAGUCAGAGGUGACGUCGUGAACGGGCCGAACCACCAGGGCCCCAUGAGAGCUCGUACCACUGACAACAAUAAUCUGCUCAUGAACGGCUACAAGAUCUGCAUCCAGGGCACUUUUACGGACAUGACCACAGAUGAAAUGGAGUGGAUGGUGGAGCUCUGUGGAGCAGCUGUGGUCAAAGAUCCUCUUCAGCUCGACAGUAAACAGAGGUCUCAUCAGAUGAUCAUUGUGCAGCCUGGAUCAGACUCGUCGUCAUCUUCAUACAGCAGUCUCUCCAGACGAGCUGCAGUUGUAACACGUGGUUGGUUGUUGGAUACCGUGGCAACCUACACCCUCCAAAACUACAACAAGUAUAUAACAUGAGCUGGGAAGCAAAUUCAUCGUACCAGCAGCCAAACAUCUUCUUCUCAUCUUACAUUUUUUACAACUUCUUUUUUAAUGUAUAACACUGUGAUUAAACAGUCAUCCAUCUGUGUUGAUCACUUAAAACUAUGUGUAUUGUGUGUGUGUGUGUGUGUGUGUGUGCAUGACAUAUUGUAUAUAAAGUAUAAUCUAUGAAAAGA